AUGUCUCUAGUCGCGGAGAUUAUAUCCCGAUUGGACCUCAACAUUGACAAAAGUUACGCCCAGUUUUCUCAAGGUAUUAACCUUGAAGGGCCAAACAAAGAACCUUUCAAUGUCGAGAGCGACAUACGGAAUAUUCAGCCCACAGCACGAGCAUUGUCAGUUGAAAAUAGGGGUCUGCUUACACGCCACAAACUAUUACAUGUCUUGAAAAAUGCCCAGGUCGACAAGCAGUUUUAUUCGAAAUCGGAGGGAGAACAUACUCACGAGCACACCUGGUUCAUAGCUGCCAAAGUCACUACGCAAACCCUGGGGGUUGUCCUCAACCUGCUACUCGAACAAUCCUCCCGACUUGGUGCUGAGAUAGCAUACUGGGACGAUGUUCUAGGAUCAAGCUUAUACACCGGACAUUAUAUCUUGCAGACAGCGCCAUCAAGAAUAUUUUUCUGGGCCUCUAAUACGUUUUCAACUCUGAAGGCAGCUUCAACACAGGAAAACCUGACGUCUCUCAAGGACAUUGCAAGAAACUGGCGGUCUUUUUAUCGGAUUGUACAACGCAAUGUUCAAAAAGGCCUUUCUAUACACCGCAGUAACGCCCUUUUAUCACCGUUUUCCCGUUCUAGGACGAAUAUUAGACAAAAACAGCAAUAUUUAAAGUCACAGAAAAAUCUGUAUGCAAGCGCAGUUGGUAUUCUGCUUGAAGAAUGUUUCACAUUUGCAAGCGAUGAGCAAGCAAUUGACAAACUUGUCAUGUCGCAUCCCGAAUGGUGUCAUGGUAUCUGCAAAAUUGUAUUGCUGAUGGAAACUCUGCUUCAAAGCCUCUCGGAACCUCUGGCCUCGUCAAAGGAUUUUGAAGAUGGCAUCUUCCACGCUGUUGGCAACCAGAUUCAUGAAAAACAUCCCCAGUCCCUUGAAGAGUCCUCUCCUGAUGUAGCCGAUGUUGUGGACCGUUUGAUUUUCGUGUUACAGUUCCGAAUCCCAGACAAUGCUGCCUAUAACAAUACCAUCAUCCAUCAACAUGGUCGCCCAUCUAUCUUUGCUCGUUACUGGUUCCCAGCCACGGUUACAUUGAUGUCACUAACCACUUCGCUUCGCAUCCUCACAAACCGUAAAGCAGAACUUAUGACAUGGCUUUCCGAAUUCGGGUCCACCGUUAUUGACUUCUGGGGGAAUUGGGUCUUGCAACCUUUACAAAAACUCAUUGGGACCAUAAGACACGAUGAGCAAAGCGAAAUUGCAAUCAUGAGCAGGAAAAGCUUAGAAGCCGAUUGGCAAAGCCUGGAAAGGAUGGUGGUUGAUUUUGUAUCCGACCGUAGCUCACAAACGAGUGGGAAUUUGCAGGACAACAUCAAUACCAUCACCACACAGGUCAGAGAAGGUGAUCUUACUCCUGUUUUGAAGGCGUACGAAAGAGACCUACGUAAACCCUUUAUCGGGACUGUACGCGGUGAUCUUGUCCGCGCCCUUCUCAUCCAAAUACAAAAGACCAAAGUCGACGUGGAAGUAGCGAUUGGAGGCAUUGAUGCCUUGCUUAAAAGCCAGGAGCUUGUUUUUGGUUUUAUCGGCUUGACUCCAGGGUUGCUUGUAGCCUACGGGAGCGUUCGGUGGAUUGCCAGUCUCUUCGAUUCCAGAAGGGGCUUCAGGGCAGGGAUUGAGAAGCAACAAUUCAGACGUGCUUUGCGCAUAGUGAUUCAGCAGGCCCUACGACUCUCGGUCGCGACAUAUACCCCCCCACUCCACACCCCCUUCGAGGGCGUUUAUCUCACCGGAAUUUCCACGGGCCCUAGCAGCGCUUGUUCUGCAUUGCAACAGCAGGUCCAGCGGGACUUAUCAGUUGCACGUAUCGUAUCGGAGGAGGUGACAUCAACGCCUCUCGCAAUCAUGGCUGGCACAAGGAACUAUGACUUUCUAAUCAAAUUAUUACUCAUUGGAGACUCCGGUGUAGGCAAAUCGUGCUGCCUACUCCGCUUCAGCGAGGACUCCUUCACCCCGUCCUUUAUCACCACCAUUGGAAUCGACUUCAAAAUCCGUACCAUCGAAUUAGACGGCAAGCGUGUGAAGCUGCAAAUAUGGGAUACCGCUGGACAGGAGCGAUUCAGAACAAUCACCACCGCCUACUACCGAGGUGCGAUGGGAAUCCUUCUGGUUUAUGAUGUCACAGACGAACGAUCCUUUAAUAACAUCAGGACCUGGUUCUCGAAUGUCGAGCAACAUGCCAGCGAAGGCGUCCAUAAAAUUCUUAUCGGCAACAAAUGUGACUGGGAGGAAAAGCGAGCGGUAUCGACCGAACAAGGACAGAAACUUGCCGACGAACUCGGCAUCCCCUUUCUCGAGGUUUCCGCCAAGAAUAACAUCAAUGUCGACAAGGCGUUCUACAGUCUUGCAUCAGAGAUCAAAAAGGUCAUGGAUAGUACAAAAUCGGAACAAGCAGGCUCUCCUGGGGUCAACAUAGACCAGAAUAGUGCUGGCGCAAACAGCAACCUCGGUGGAAAGUGCUGCUGA